AUGGAUGCUUAUGAAUCCACCUCGUGUGUCACCGCAUUCGCUAUUAACAGUGGGAUUACAAGACAUAAACAUCACCUUGCUGGUGAUUCCACUUCAGUUUGCCAAUGUCUUAGAGCUCCACCAGAUGUUAGGAAACUUUUUAAAGACAUUUUUGAGAAACAGAAACAAGAUAAAGUUGAAAGGAAUCGCAUUCCUCACUUUGAUGAUGAUGUGGUGGAUAUAAAUGAUGAAGAUGAAAAAGAAGCUGGUGAGGUUCCUUUCUCAUUAGGCAAGAGGGCUAUUUCGUCCUCCAAGUCAACCCUACACAACAAGAAAGUAAAAGGCGCUUUGGAUACUCAUUUCAGGCCAUCCACUGAAACAGGGAAGAAGAAGGGGUACUUGGUGGGAACCCCCGAACAUAACCAACUUCACAAAAAACUAAGAGGUGACGCGGUUCAGAAAUUUGCCCGUUGGAUGUAUGAUGCAGGUCUUGCAUUCAACAUGGUGAAGUAUGAUAGUUUAGGGUCUGCAGUUGAAGCCAUUGCUAUACAUGGUCCCGGUAUGAAACCCCCUAGCUACCAUGAGGUACGUGUUCCUCUGUUGAAGCUAGAGAAGGAGCACACAAAGAAGCUUUUGAUACUUAAUGAGACCGAGAAGAAGGCAAUCGGGUGCUCUUUGAUGGCUGAUGGUUGGAGGGACCGGAAAGGAAGAGCACUUAUCAACUUCUUAGUGAAUACUCCACGAGGAAGCAUGUUUCUAGAAUCUAUAGAUGCAUCUUCUUAUUCUCAUACAGGAGAGAAUUUAUUUAAGUUGUUUGACUACUUCAUCAAAGAAACUGGACCCAAUCAUGUGGUUCAAAUUGUAACAGAUAGUGCUGCCAACAAUGUUUUGGCGGGGAAAAUGGUGGAAGCAAAAUAUCCACACAUCUAUUGGACUCCGUGUGCUGCGCAUUGCAUUGAUCUCAUGCUUGAAGACAUCUUCAAAGUGACUCAUCUUAAGAAGACACUAGACAAAGCAAUUGCGGUUAACACUUACAUUUACAACCGUACAUUGCUCUUGAAUAUGUUGAGAGACUUUACGGGUCAAAGAGAUAUGAUUAGGCCCGCAAAGACCCGGUUCAAAGGGGAGGAGGGAGGAACUCAAUGUGUCGCAACAAUUUUUUCACCUAGUUUUUGGAUUAACAUUGAUAUUGCUGUCAAAGUUGGUGAACCAUUACUAACGGUGCUUCGACUGGUAGAUAGUGAAAGAAAGCCGACUAUGGGGUACAUUUAUGAAGCCAUGGAUAGGGCAAAGGAGCAGAUUGCAUACUCAUUCAACAACAAAAUUAACAAAUACAAAGCUUUCUUCAAAAUCAUUGAUGACAGGUGGAAUUGUCAACUUCACCAAGAUUUGCAUGCGGCUGGUCACUAUCUGAAUCCAAGUAUUUUUUACAACAUCCCAGGAGUGAAAGAAGAUAGUGAGGUGAUUAAGGGCUUGAUGGCAUGCAUACAUAAGAUGUCAUCAGAAGAAGACGAGACCAAGAUUCACCAAGAGCUUUCUAUAUAUACCGGUGCAGAAGAGUUAUUUGCGCAACAUAUGGCUGUUAAAUUAAGAACAACACUUGCACCAGCGAAAUGGUGGAUGCAAUAUGGAUCAUCAGCACCAACACUUAAGAAGUUUGUUGUGAAGGUGUUGAGUCUUACUUGUAGUUCAUCAGGGUGUGAGCGUAACUGGAGUGUUUUUGAACAUAUCCAUUCGAAAAAAAGAAACCGUCUUGAACGACAAAAACUAAAUGAUUUAGUUUACAUCAAAUAUAAUCGAGCAUUAAGGAGGAGGUAUGAUAUGCGGGAUAUGAUCGACCCGAUCAACUUGGAAGACUCGCACAUACAUGACCCGUUUGAGUGGUUGGCGAGUGAUGAUGGUCUCAUGUUUGAGGGUGAUGACUUGAGAUGGGAUGUUGUGGCAGAGGCUAUGGGGGUGGAUGAGUCGGUUCAUCUAACUAGAAGAACAACAACACCAGGUGGGAGGCAAGGGGGGAUGCAAGGGGCUGUUGGGGUUGCUAAGUCAAGCUCACAAGGUAGAGCUAGAGCUAGACAACCCCAUUUGAUAGAUGAACCUGAAGAGGAAAAUGAUGUUGGGGUUUAUAAGGAGUUUGUUGAAAUAGAUGGGGAGGAUGAACUCGUAUUUGAGGAGGAUCAGGAUAACGAUUAG